UCGGGCAGUGCGCGCCGCACGAGGGUAGAGGGCGCUGUAACGUAGCCAGAAGCUUAGUCACAUGCACACGCACGCUGCGCGCACUUUACCUCCUCAGUAUCUCAUGCAGCCGGCCCCGGACCUGGGCACUGAGCUCCACUCGUUGUCCCUUAGUUAUACAGCACACACGCCCCUCCAGUACAGCCCGUUAUGCCAUAAUCCAUUCGCCUUUCACUUCUGCCACCUGCACAACUUUGCUCACAAAAGGCGCUUGUCCAGCGAGCGGACACUCACCUGCAGCAGCUGAAUGGGGCACAACAGGGGCAUCCCGAUGGCUUCGUCCUGGGCAGCAACUUGUGCCGCUAGAAGAGAACCCGCAGCUUAAUGGCAUCCCCCUGUCCCCGCGAAUUGCCGCCGGCACUUUGAUUGCAGGAUUCCAGGCUCAGCCACGGCGUCUCCCCAUCACACACACAGGUGCAAGCGGAUCCCAUAGGCGGCUGCUGAUACAGGAGAGAGGGACAGAGAGGGGCGCAGAUGGGCACCUGUGGGAGCUGCUACCAGUCAUCCAGGUGCAGUCAUAAGGAGUCAAGAACUGAGAACAUGAGAAAAUGAAUGAAGAAAAGGUGUUGGAGAUUGGUGGUGCAGUGGAUUUUUCUGGUCUCAACACUGGAUUAAUUUGAUACUAAUAAUUAUGAGGCUAACCUGCAUGUUUUCCUUCAUCUUGCUGUUUGGAGCAGCUGGCCUUAUUGUUUUCAUUCACUUACAGGAUCCAGCAGAAAUGGUUCACCAACAAAGACUGGCACCAGAGCCCUGGCUGAAUGCACACCUGAAAGGAAUGAAAUUUGAAUUUUCAUUGCAUCAACCAGAAAAGGACUGUACGUCGAAUAAUCAAUUCGGGGACACAAUGGAAAAUGCUGCAAAACAACUGAUGAAGAUAAACCAAGUUGUCCCUUCAUAUCCACUGUAUCAGUACCCAGCCAUGCUGCAGAAUACUAACAGGAGGCUGAAAAAGAUAAAGAUGAGAGAAAAUAAAAAAUCCACAGAGAGAAAAAUGCUGAAGAAAAAAACCCGGCUCCUCCACAAGGAGACGCCAAUUCUCAUCGCCAUGAACAGCUCGGCUGUCGAUCUUACCCGGCUGGAAAUUGAUGACAAAAAUGGCAAAUGGAAGAAACUUUAUGAGAUGCAAAUAGAACGGAAAAAGCUCAUGCGAGACAUAUGUUCAAAGUAUAAGAGCAGCAGCAGGAGGAUUAUUACACCGUAUCACGUCUCGCGGAUUUUUGUAGAAGACAAACAUAAACUUUUGUAUUGCGAGGUUCCAAAAGCGGGCUGCUCCAACUGGAAACGCGUCUUGAUGGUGCUAAAUGGAUUAGCCUCUUCCACCAAGGAUAUUCAUCACAAUACGGUGCAUUAUGGGAAUUAUCUGAAAAGGCUUGAUAGCUUUGAUCGAAACGGAAUCUUCUAUCGCCUUAACACCUACACCAAAAUGAUUUUUGUCCGGGAGCCUUUUGAGAGGGUUGUAUCUGCAUUCCGGGACAAAUUUGAGCACGCAAAUAAUUAUUAUCAUCCAGUAUUUGGCAAAGCGAUUAUUUCAAAGUAUCGGAGGAACGCCACAAAGGAAGCCCUGUGGACAGGUUCCGGGGUGCAUUUUACAGAGUUUAUCCAAUAUCUGCUGGAUGUUCAUAGGCCAGUGGGUAUGGACAUUCACUGGGAUCAUGUAAGCAGACUUUGCAGUCCCUGUUUAAUAGACUAUGAUUUUAUUGGGAAAUUUGAAAGCAUGGAGGAAGAUGCGGAUUUUCUCUUGCACCUGAUUGGUGCGCCCAAAAACUUAACAUUUCCCAGGUUUAAGGACAGGCAUUCCAACGAAGAAAGAACAACAAAUAAAAUUACCCAGCAAUAUUUUGCACAGUUGUCUCCUACCGAGAGGCAGCGCACCUAUGACUUUUAUUACAUGGACUACCAAAUGUUUAAUUAUUCCAAACCUUUUGAGGACUUGUAUUAAACAGUUGAAAAAAAAAAAUCAUGUUUUGUAAAAAAUGUUCUUGCCAGGUUUUCCAUUGCUGGAUUUGUAGGAAGCUGAUCUCUUAUUGGGUUAUUAAAGAUAUUGGCCAAGGGCUUACUUGCUUUGUAACAGAAAAAAAAAUAACUAUUUCAUAAAUAUGUGUAUAUCAUAUAUUCAUAGCUAUUCAGAACUAAGAUCUAAGAUGGUUUGAUCAUAGACAGCAGCGUAACAACGGCAUGCUGCCCCCCCUCCCCAAUCUUUAGAGGGGCCCAGUACGCACCUAACCAGCCCUCCCUGCACCUCUUGCCCAUCUGUAUCCACCACUCCUGGCCACAUCUUUUGCUCCCAGCCACAGGCACAAAGCAGGUAAGAGACUGGCCGGGGGGAGGAUUUCUUAAAGUUGUAGAGGAAGCAGAUCCAUUGGUCUGGGCCCCACCUGUCUGCCAGUCAACCCCCCUCUUCUCCCAUGACUGCAGGGUCUGCUUCCUCCACAGUUCUGAUCAUAGACAAGGCUAUCUGAGAUCUUCCUUUACCCAUUGGAACGGGCAGGUUGCCCCUCUGAAUUUAAAACUGAUGAUGCUAGAAAACAGCAGCAUACAGUGAAUCUGUUUAAAGCAAUACUGACACAUUCCUAUAAAAAUCAUAGGAAUGUGUCAGUAUCAAGUAUGUGCUGCACCCGGAAUAAUUCCCCUCAAAGCUGCCCCCAGCCCCACAAACCUUAGUGCAGUGACCCUCUGACACUACUAACGGAUCUUCCGUGGCGCUGGGCUGGGGACAUGGCGAUCCCUCCAUCGGCUGAAGUCCUGUUUUCAUUUGUAAUUAGCCUAUGGAAGGAUCGCACUGCCCCCAGCUCAGCGUCUCUGAAACGGCGCCGAAGAUUGUUUAGCAGUGUCGGCGGGUUGGGUAAAUGCAGGUUCACAGGGCUGGGGGCGGCUUUGAGGGGAGCUAUUCCGGAUGCAGCACCUACUUAAUACUGACACGUUCCUAUGGUUUUUAUAGGAACAAGUCGGUAUCGCUUUAAAGGUUUCCUUACAAUGUUUAAGUUGACAUCUUGAAGUAUAUAUAUAUAUAUAUAUAUAUAUAUAUAUAUAUAUAUAUAUAUAUAUAUAUACAGUAAUGAUAUAUGAAAAUCUGAAAAGCACUACGUUUUAAUGAUGUUUUAUGGUGUUUCCAAUUCAUUUACCCAACUAAUCUAUCAUUUUGAAAAAAAUAUGCCACCUUCUAAUCUAAUAAUUCAGCUACAAUGAAUGUUUGUUAUUAUUUAUAAAGGAUGUCCUAAAAGUGUCAGACCUUUCAUGUGAUCAGGGCUCUGCAACAAAAAUGUCUGGAGAAAAAAAACUGUCAUGUACACAGGUCUGUAGAGGGAGCCUGGGACAUUGCUGACUAAAUAUUGUCACAAUCAGGCAGGGAACCAAACCACCCACUGCAGGAAUCAGGGACACAGAGCACAUGACACUAGAGAGGGAAGCAGGAAAUAAAGAAGAGCCGCAAUCUUAAUACCCAUAAGACAAUCUCCGUGAUACAUUAUAGGACUAAACUUGGCUUCGCUAACAAAAUUGCACUUUAACACAAUAGAAAUUGGAAACUAUGAAUAAGAAACAGUCCAUAUAAGAAAGCAUGGUCAGCCUAAAGCUUGGUACCAGUCCAAAGAGGGAUGUAUGUGGUUAAUACAUGUCGCUAAAACUUCUCAUACAAAGGGGCAGAUUAAAAUUCCAUCACUCCCUGUUCGUUCCUCUGGGAUUUUUAGAGGCAUAUUUAUCAAAUGGCAAACUUUUACCCAUUGUUAAACCUGCCUCUAAGAAUCCAAUUAGAAGGAACGGACAGUGUUUUUACUCACAUGUUGCUAAGGCUAGCGCGCACGCGAGGGCCGGAAUCAGCCGGCUCAAAUCUGCAGGCCAAUGGCAGUCCCUAUGCAGACACUCGCCUCCUUUACCAUUGUGUUGGCUCUGGGGUGAACACACUCUGUGGAUUUUGGAGUCUUGCAUUUCUUCUCUGAAAUCCGCCAAGCUUGUUGUGGCACUAGCCUUAUGUGCCUCAUAGUUAUACGUUGAUAAAAUAUGUUCAGCCUUUUUAGAUAUGUUAAAUAUUUAUCUUUCCUGUCAUCAUUGAGCUAUAACAAUCAGGGGGUGCUGGGAAUAAGCUUUCAUACAUUUCUUCGUUUAAGCAUUAGUUAAAACCCAGUGUAUGUAAAGGUUAACCUAUUGAAUGACAGCAGAGGUUGGAAUUUUAUCAUUUUUACAUGGACAAUUAUUUUUAUUUCCUUUUAUUUAAUUGGGAUCAAAUUUUCCUCCCAAUAAAGGAUUUUGCACUCUUCAAUAAUGCAAAAAAAAAAAAAAAAAGAAUUUGUACAGGUGUAUUAUUUAUUAUCCAGAAAGCUCUGAAAUACAGCAAUGCCACCUCACAUAGUUUCCUAUUUAAACAAACAAGUCUAAUUAGCUUUUUUUUUCUGUAACAAUAUAACAGGAGCUUCUGCUUGAUGGCGACUAAGUCCAUGCUGGUGGCAGGACAAUUGUGUUAGCAUUUUAAACACUUUCAAACAGCCUUAAUACAUGGUGCUCCACAUUACAGAAAUACCUCUUGAAACUCAAGAUCCCAAGCAUUCUUGAUAAUAGAUUCCAUACCUGUACCUGUUUUCUUUCAUCUCAUUAUAGAAUAUGCUACACUUUCCUUUUUGUAUCUCUAAAAUAUAGUGUGCAGUUUUAUGUAGAUGUGGAUGUUUUUUAAAGAAUGUUUUUACUUCUGAUAAAAGGAGCCUUGUGGGAGCAAACUGUCCGACUUGGACUUUUCCUUUUUUGUUUAAUGAUGGUGGGAUGAGGAUAUCAGGUGUGCAGUGCAAAUAAAUACAGUUUAGGUUUGCCUUU